GUUGCUAUAUCUUAUAUAUCAACGUAUGACUGGUAUAAACCAGAUAUUCUCAUCAUUGGAAGUAAGCAACCAAUUACAAGACAAUCUAUCGAUGCUUCUGUUGUUCCUGAUAUGAUCUGUGAUUUUGGCGAUCGGCUGAUGAACGCUUUCGAUGAGCCUUGGAUCAAUAGAUUCUGCAAGAAUACUAGGAUUAGUAUAAAAAGGAUGGAGUUUUUUUUUGCUGGUACUUCUACUUUUAAUUCUCUACACAUCAACAAGAUCAAUAUACCCACAAUGCAGCUCACAUCUCUCCAACAACAACUUCUUUCAAAGUAUCAACGCCAACAAACCAAAACAUCAGUCAAGCAAGCCACAAUCAAAACUCGUGCCGGUAAAUCAAACCGGAAUUCCAUCACAUCCUCUUUGGGAAACUGUGUCCGCAGCCUGGCUUCUGUCAGCAAAGCAUUCAACCGCAACAAACCAAAAAACUCGGUCGUACCUUCUGCAGUGUCUUCCUCAAACAUCUCUAGCCAAAUGUGCUACAUCAAUGAAUAUUCUCGGUCAACAUCUACCCCUCUCUCAGCCAAGUCUCUGGCUCUCGAGUCUCUCAUCUUCGAUCACCCCUCAGUAACCAUCCAUAUCCAGCCUAUUUCUUGCAGAGCAUUCUAG